CAGACAUGUUUCGCUUCGUAGCAAUUUUUCUGCUCUUCAACGUCGCCUUUGGCGAAAUCCUAAUAAACGAUUUCAAUGGGCGCAUUGUCAGCGGCGAGGAAACCACUAUUGAUUUGCAUCCCUACCAGAUCUCAUUGCAAAGCAAGAGUGGACAUUUUUGCGGUGGCAGCAUUAUCAACGAGGACACUGUUGUGACUGCAGCACAUUGUCUGCAAACUACUACGGCCGAUCAGUUGCAAGUUCGCUUGGGUUCCACCAGUCACAAGAGUGGUGGUAAAUUGGUGAAUGUUCGUGCUUUUUACGCACAUCCUGGUUACAACAAGAAUCAACGACAAAACGAUGUUGCCAUUGUGAAAUUGGCCGAACCCGUAGCUCAGUCGGCAAGCAUACGUUACAUUGAAUUGGCUGAAGAAACUCCGGUAUCUGGUACGACUGCGGUUGUUAGUGGUUGGGGCGUCAAAUGCUACUUCUGGUGCGUUUCACUACCCACUUCAUUGCUAAAGGUCGACGUCAACAUUGUAUCUCGGGCAGACUGUGCCUCUAAGGAUUACAAAUAUGGUUCCUCCAAAAUUUUACCAACAAUGGUAUGCGCUUAUGAAGCCAAGAGUGAUGCGUGUCAGGGCGAUUCUGGUGGUCCAUUGGCGGCAGACGGCAAACUGGUCGGUAUUGUAUCCUGGGGUAAUGGGUGCGCGAAGGAAGGCUAUCCAGGCGUUUAUGCUGAUGUGGCUGAGCUACGUUCUUGGAUUUUGGAAAUUGCUGCCAGUUUAUAAACCAUGCAAGGAGUGAAAUAUGUAAACGUGAAAUUCGCCACUAUUUACUCUUUACUUAAUCAGUUUGUCACUUUAUUGCGUUGUUAAAAGUAAAAAUUGUUUCAGGUUUUGUU